UUGUGAAUGGAGCUACAAAAGGGGAGAGAACGGGAGGCGUCGGAAUCUCAUCAUCAUCGUCUUCCUCACGGGAAGCGGACAGAUCGGUUCUCCUUCUGUGGAUUCUUUGCGCCGUGCAGCCGUAAUCUCUCCUACAAAUCUUCUUCUGGGUGUGAGUUCAUGCUUAGUUCGAGAUCAUAAUCCUGAACCUUCCAUCUUAUUUACAGGGUAAAAGAAAUUAUUUACCAUGAAAGCACUCAUUCUUGUUGGAGGAUUUGGCACCCGCCUUCGACCUUUGACUCUUAGUUUCCCCAAGCCACUUGUUGAUUUUGCUAACAAACCAAUGAUCCUUCAUCAGAUUGAAGCUUUGAAGGAUGUUGGAGUCACUGAAGUCAUUUUGGCCAUCAAUUAUCAGCCAGAGGUUAUGAUCAACUUUCUGAAGGACUUUGAGGAUAAGCUUGGAAUUAAAAUCAUCUGCUCACAAGAGACUGAACCACUUGGAACUGCUGGUCCCCUGGCUUUAGCCAGAGACAAACUAAUAGAUGGUUCAGGUGAACCCUUCUUCGUCCUAAACAGUGACGUUAUAAGUGAAUACCCCUUUGCUGAACUGAUCCAGUUUCACAAAGUACAUGGUGGAGAGGCAAGCAUUAUGGUGACCAAGGUUGAUGAACCAUCCAAAUAUGGUGUCGUGGUCAUGGACGAAGAGAGUGGAAGGGUCGAUAGGUUUGUGGAGAAGCCAAAAAUUUUUGUCGGGAACAAGAUCAAUGCUGGGAUUUACUUGCUGAAUCCAUCCGUCUUGGAUCGUAUCCAGCUUAGGCCAACCUCUAUCGAGAAGGAAGUUUUUCCAAAAAUUGCAACAGAGAAACAACUCUAUUCCAUGGUCCUACCAGGUUUCUGGAUGGACAUCGGCCAGCCAAAGGACUACAUCACAGGCUUAAGGCUCUACCUGGACUCAUUGCGGAAAAAAGCACCAUCGAAGUUAGCUGCAGGCCCCCAUAUCGUCGGCAAUGUUCUGAUCCAUGACAAUGCUGUGGUAGGAGAGGGAUGCCUCAUUGGCCCAGACGUUGCCAUUGGUCCUGCAUGCGUGAUCGAGGCAGGAGUAAGGUUGUCAAGGUGCACGGUGAUGCAAGGUACCCGCAUCAAGAAGCACGCAUGCGUCUCCAGCAGCAUUAUCGGUUGGCACUCGACAGUGGGGCAAUGGGCGCGGAUUGAUAACAUGACCAUCCUCGGCGAGGACGUGCAUGUUUCUGAUGAGGUAUACAGCAAUGGAGGGGUUAUUCUUCCACACAAGGAAAUCAAGUCAAGCAUCUUGAAUCCUGAGAUAGUGAUGUGAGAAGCCUAGCAACUGUCUCAAAUUCUCUCAAGUGCAAUAAUGGUCCUCUUUUUCUUUCAGUUUUCAGUAAUUUGGCUGUUGAUAUUUAGUUGGUUCUUAAAAUUGGGUUAUCUAAUGUUGGGUUUA